AUGAGGCCAGACUGGUGGCCUGGGGAAAUUCAUGAGAGCUUCACCGAAUGGGCCAUCUCCCAAGGGGUCAUUGUGAAUGGAGUUGCUCCGGCGCGGUUUCCUGGCCGCGGACUGGGAAUGAUAUCUACGAGGGCCAUCAAAAAAGGCGAGGUGAUCUUGACAGUGCCACUGAAGGCAAUGUUGACAACGAGGCGCAUCCCUGCAUCCUUUAAGCAGCAAUUUCCCAAGGAUGUCUCCGUCCAUGCGCUCCUUGCUGCCUUCCUAACCCUCGGGGAAGAGGAGGACUUGCAAAAGUAUGAGCUCUGGAGACAGACCUGGCCUAUUCGCCGGGACUUUGAGGAUAGUGUGCCCCUUCUGUGGCCAUCGUCCCUCCGGGGGCCUAAUCCAUGCUAUGAUGACAACGCCACUCAAUUGAAUCUGCUUCCUCCUUCAAUAUCCGGCGCCUGGAACACUAUUCGGAAACGCAAGAUUGGGUACGAGUAUGAGACGUCGCACCAAAACCUCCUUGCCCAGCAGGAGCAGAGAUUGUUGAAAGCUUGGAAUAGCGUCAUCUCCGUUUUCCCCGAAACAGAUUGGGAGGCUUAUUCAUACAACUGGUUCAUCGUCAACACGAGAAGCUUUUACUAUCUUAUGCCUGGCCAACAGCCACCGGAGGAUCGAAACGACGCCAUGGCCUUAUUACCUUUCGCUGACUACUUUAAUCACUCCGAUAUAGAGGAUGAUGUAAAAUUCAAUGGCCAGAAAUAUAUCUUUCGAGCGACAAGGAACUAUGAUGUCGACGAGGAAAUAUACAUGAGCUACGGGCCACAUCCGAACGAUUUCUUACUCGCUGAAUAUGGGUUUUUCCUCGAGGAGAACGGAUCGGAAGCGAUAUACCUUGAUGAUAUCAUUUUUCGAGAUCUGAGUGCGUCCCUCCAGGAAGAGCUAUAUUUGCAACAAUAUUAUGGCAACUACGAAGUCACUGCCACAGGCGCCUGUUAUAGAACCGAAAUUGCUGCUUGUAUGAAAUACAUGACUCCAAGGGAUUGGCGAAACUAUGUCCUUGGGUAUUCGACAAAGGGUUUUGACGAACAGAAAUCGGCUGCAAUUAUCCAAGAAUGGAUACGCGCCUAUGUCAAGGAGGCGGACACCACACUCGCUGCUCUAGAACAUCUUGGUCCCGAUCAAGUGGACCAGAAAGAUAUUGAGAAAGUGUCAACACUCGUCAGGCGAUGGGGACAAAUCAAGGCCCUCUGUGAUAAGGCUCUGAUAACUGUGUCCUGCUGA